GACAUUUGGUGUGACAACGCGGUCAGCACAGCAAUCUUGUCUUUUUAACUAACUAUUUCAACUAACUACUCUAUUUCAACUAACUACUAUAUUGUAACUAACUACUAUAUUUCAACUAACUACUAUAUUGUAACUAACUACUCUAUUCCUUCUUCUUCACCUGCGUGCCUGUUCGUGUCCCAAAGUCAACUUUGUUAGGAUGACGUCAUCUCGUCUUUGAAGUGUCUUUUCCUGCUCUACUUGCUAGUUAGCUUAGCUGCUAGGCUAACUAAGACGGCCGGAAGUCAGCCACCUACAUCGCACUUCAUCGCCUCGAACAAGCGGAGAGGAGCUUUGGGAUGCAGCAGCAGGAGCCACAGCCCCCCCACGUUGAAAAGGAAGACGGGGCGCCACAGACCCUUUACAUGAAAAAGGAAGAGGAGGUGCCACAGAUCAUGCACCUUGAAAAAGAAGAGGAGGACCCGCUGACCCCACGUAUCAAAGAGGAACAAGAGGCAGGGCUUAAAAAGGAAGAGGAUGCGUGGACCCCCCACAUUAAGGAGGAAGAGGAGGAGCACAGCAUCCAAUGGUUGGACGACAUCCCGGUGGUUGUGAAGAGUGAAGAUGAGGAGGUCAAAGUUGAAAGAGAGGCGGAGCCUCCGACAGAAGGUGAUGGAGACCCCUGUGGAGGACCACCAGCAGACAAGAUCUUAGCUCCACUAUCAGACGGGGACGAGACGACGUCUCACUCUCCUGACUCUGAUGGCGACGGCGACACGCGCUUUAAAUGUUCUCACUGUGACAAAACCUUCAAACACCGCUGUACUCUGAAAGUGCACGUGAGAACGCACACCGGGGAAAAACCCUUUUCCUGCGCGGAGUGCGGCAAAGGCUUUGCGCGGAAAAACGUGUUGAAAGUGCACACGAGGACGCACACCGGAGAAAAACCCUGUUCCUGUUCAAUCUGCGGCAAGUAUUUUAGUCAGAGGCAACAUUUGAAAAUACACAUGAGAAUACACACUGCAGAAAAACCAUUCGUGUGCUCCGUUUGUAAUAAGAUAUUCUCCGUGAAGGCAAAUUUAAUAAUGCACGCAAGAACGCACACUGGAGAAAAACCUUUUGUCUGUUCAGAAUGUGGGAAAGGUUUUACACAAAAUCACAGUUUGAAAGCACACGUGAGAACACACACUGGUGAGAAACCUUUUAUCUGUUCAGUGUGUGGUAAAGGUUUUGCGCAAAGUCUCUGUUUGAAAGCACACAUGAGAAUACACACCGGGGAAAAACCUUUUUCAUGUUCGGUCUGCGGUAAAGGUUUCUUACAACGAGGCGAGUUGAAAGUUCACAUGAGAACACACGUCGGAGAAAAAACAUUCUCCUGCUCCAUUUGUAGUAAAAUAUUCCCCCAGAAGGCAAAUUUGCAAAUACACACGAGAAUACACACCGGCGAAAAACCUUUUAUCUGUUCGGUCUGCGGUAAAAGUUUUAUACAGAGUCACCAUUUGAAAAGACACACGAGAAGACACACGGGAGAGAAAGUGUUGAGUUGCAGUGUGUGCGGCCAAGGAUUCUCUUACAAGUACCAGUGCAAGAAGCACAAGUGUGCUGGUGAGGACAGCAGCAAAGGAAGCUGAAGGCUUUCAAAGAAGCUGACAAACAAACAUCAUCAACACAUACAAAAGCAGUGAAGAUGUCACGUUGUGUAAAUAAAAACAAUAACAAUGAUUUGCAAAUCCUUUUCGACUAAUAUUAAAAUUCCAAAAUCCAUCUUAGAUGAGCUCAAGCCCGGCGAAGCGUUUCUGGGUGUUGUUGAUAAAUGGCUGUGGCUUUGCAUAGUAGAGUUUUACCUUGCACUUACAUACGUCGCGACCAACUGUAGUUACUGACAUGGUUUUCUGAAGUGUUCCUGAGCCCAUGUGGUGAUAUCCUUUACACACUGGUGUGGCUUUUUGAGGCCUGAAGGAUGGAAGGUGCGUUGACCAAGUGGUGACCCUCGCCCCGUCCUUGUUUGUGAACGAGUGAGCAUUUCAUGGAAGCUGCUUUUAUAGCCAAUCGUGGCACCCACCUGUUCCCAAUUAGCCUGCACAGCUGUGGGAUGUUCCAAAUAAGUAUUUGAUGAGCAUUCCUCAACUUUCUCACUCUUUUUUUGAAACAUGUUGCCGGCAUCAAAUUCCAAAUGAGCUAAUAUUUGCUAAAAACUAACAAAGUUUGUCAGUGUGAAGAUGAAAAAUCUUGUCUUUGCAGUCUAUUCAAUAGAAUAUAAGUUGAAAAGGAUUUGUUGUAUUCUCUUUUUAUUUAGCAUUUACACAAGCUGACUACUUCACUGCUUUUGGGGUUAACAUAAAUUGUUUUCUUGUUAUUUUGCUCGUACUAUUCGUAGAUUAAAUACUUUAGUGUUUUUUUUCCAGUCAAGUACAUGCCUUAUUUUUACAACAUUGUGUACAUUUAUUUAGAAGUAACAGAACAAUUUGACUGGAGAGUAAACAGUACAAAACAUGUUACAAUAAAUACAAUGUACAUGUAUAAAGAUAUUUUAAAGACUAUUUUAUACUUAUUCACAAUAGUGUUUUAUAGAGGUUUUUGAAAUAAUUAAUUGUUAAAAAUGUUAGCUUUUUUUAUUUAUUGUAAAUGACCCUAUUGAAUUUCUAGCAUUUUAUUAUUCUUUAUUAUUAUACCGCCGCCUCUUUGAUCUGUAAUUUGAUCCCCUCAACAUGCUUCAAAACUCACCAAACUGGACACACAUAUCAGGACUGGCAAAAAUUGCGAUCUAAUCAAAAAACCAAAACUCAAAAUUGUGCUUGAGCGCCCCCCAGGAAGAAAACACAGACAAAACGGCCUCUAACUCCCAGUAGGAAUGUCGUACACACAUGAAACAAACACCUCUAUGUAGGUCACACUUAGACCUAUAUCUCAUACACUGACAACCCCCAGCUAAAAUCAACAGGACGUUUGCAAUUACCCCUUCAAAACAAAAGUUGUGUAAAAACAGUCACCAUUUUUCAAACAUUAUCUCCUCUGAGUGCUUUUGUCGUGUCGGCUUCAAAUAACCACAGGAGAGGGAUUGAACCCUUCUGAUUAAAAGUUGAUGAAAGAAUUUAAAUUACUGCUCCUGUUUGGAUUUUAUGAGCCCUUAAAGAGUCGCUGCUGGUGUGCUGCUGCUGUCUCAAAACUGCCUCUAACUCCCAGUAGGAAUGUCAGAGACACAUGAGACAGAAACUUCAAUGUAAGUCUCACUUAGACCCAUAUUUCAUACACUGACAACCCCCAGCUAAAAUCAACAGGAAGUUUGCCAUUCCCCAUUCUAUACAAAAGCUUCUCUCCAUUCGCAAUACAUUAGAGUCUCAAGAUGUCGGCACCCUGCUCAGACAAAACCUUCUCUAACUCCCAGUAGGAAUGUCAGAGACACAUGAGACAAACACCUCAAUGUGGGUCUCACUCAGACCUAUAUUUCAUACACUGACAACCCCCAGUUAAAAUCAACAGUAAGUUUGCCAUCCCCCAUUCAAUACAAAAGCUUCUCUCCAUUCGCAAUACAUUAGAGUCUCAAGAUGGCAGCACCCUGCUCAGACAAAACUGCCUCUAACUCCCAGUAGGAUUGUCAUAGACACAUGAAACAAAAACCUCAAUGCAGGUCUCACUUAGACCUAUAUUUCAUACACUGACAACCCCGAGCUAAAAUCAACAGUAAGUUUGCCAUCCCCCAUUCAAUACAAAAGCUUCUCUCCAUUCGCAAUACAUUAGAGUCUCAAGAUGGCGGCACCCUGCUCAGACAAAACUGCCUCUAACUCCCAGUAGGUUUGUCGUAGACACAUGAAACAAAAACCUCAAUGCAGGUCUCACUUAGACCUAUACAUUUCAUACACUGACAACCCCCAGCUAAAAUCAACAGGAAGUUUCCAAUUCCCCCUUCAAUACAAAAGAUGGCUGUAAAUACUCUGUCCCGUGCAUCGCUGCUUGCAGCUUUAAUUGUUUUACAUGUGUUCAUACCUUUGCUUUUAAAUAAACACUUAAUUCCUUUUGAGUUGAUAUUUACUGGUUCACAUGGGAAACAUCUUCUGGACCACUUCCGGAAGCUCAUUAUUUGAGCAGUUUUUUUGUUUUAUACAAGAUAAUUUACUCAAGUGUAAGACUUUAUGAACCAUUUGUUGGGUAUCGAUAAUCCAUUCUACUAAUGAUCUUUAUUACUCCUUUUUGUGAUAUGAAUAUUGUUUUGUGAUUGUUUUAUAUGCAUGUCCCCACAUCUUUUAUGCAAUAUGUAGAAGAAGGAAGACGGCAUAAUUAUUUGUGAAAGGACAUGAAGGAUAUUUUUGUUUUUAAUAAUCUACAUUUGUGAAUAUAAAAAUAAAAAAAGAGCACCCACGA